AUGCUGUUAGUAAUUAUAUUACCAUCUUUAAGUUUAAUAUCUUUGUAAUUCAAAAUAAUAUUUCAAAUUAAAUUUUAUAUUAUUCUAUAAAAAGAAGUCAAAAUCCAAAUUCUAAUAAGUAUCAAGAUUUUAAAAAUAAUUGAAAUUAAUUCAUUUAGGUUUUAAGAAUAAAAUAAAUCAUUUUAUUAUUUAAUAUUGAUAUGCAAAAUUUUUAUCAAAAGAGAUUUAAAUGGAAAGUAAAAUAAAAGAGUAGGCAUUCAACAAGUUAAUUAUGAUUAAAAUGGAAAUAGAUCAAUAGGAUCUAAAGAAAUUUCUUCAUCAAAAAUAUAUAUUUAGACUAAUGAUAAUUCUAGUACAAAAUCAGUUCAUCUAAGAAUACCAAGUUUGAAUCAAUCUUUAAAUAAUAGUAAUGAAAAAAUUUACAUUAUUUGA